GUGUCGUGUCGUGUGGGCAUAGCCACAUGCCUGGGGGAUAGGACGGCCCUCCGGCCCCUCCCCUUCCAGCCGCUUUUAUGGGCUGCCUGUCAUUUUUUGCCUUUGCUUUUGACACUUUGCGCCCGUCAGCGUGGUUGCCACCACCCUGAAGAAGGCAGGGGGCUCCCUCCGCCAACUCCCCAGGCUGCCUGUGUCAGCCAAGAGCCAAGGCAUCCCUCUCUGGUGCCCCUGCCCUGCCAGCCACCUUAAAGGGAGGCAGGGACCAGGUGAAGCAGGAGAGAGAGACAGAGAGGGAGGAGGAGAAAGAGGAGGAGGAGAAGAGGGCCACCUCUCCUUCCGCAGCUAUCUUUUGGGGGCCAGGUUGACCAAGGACCAUCACCCAAGGGCCACGGGGACACCCCUCUUGGUCUCACUGUCUCUGCGUCAGUUCUGGGCAUCCUCUCGUGAAACCUCAACCCAGCAGAGAUCAGGAUGAAGUGGAUGGCACUGGUGUCCACGGCUCUGCUGCUGGCCAUGGUCAGCCCCGUGGCGUGGGGUGAAGAGGGGCUGGAUUUCCCCAAAUACGACGGCAUCGACCGGGUCAUCGACGUCAACGCCAAGAACUACAAGGCCGUCUUGAAGAAGUAUGAGACUCUGGCCCUACUCUACCAUGAGCCGGUGGGGGAUGACAAGGCCUCGCAGAAGCAGUUUGAGCUGGAAGAGCUGAUUUUGGAGUUAGCAGCCCAAGUCCUGGAAGAUAAAGGGGUCGGAUUUGGUUUGGUAGACUCAGAGAAGGAUGCCGCCGUGGCCAAAAAACUAGGGCUGACGGAAGAAGACAGCGUGUAUGUGUUCAAAGGCGACGAAGUCAUAGAGUACGACGGGGAAUUUGCUGCGGACACCUUGGUGGAGUUUCUCCUCGAUGUGCUGGAAGACCCCAUCGAGUUCAUUGACGGAGAUCACGAGCUUCAAGCCUUUGAGAAUAUAGAAGAUGAACCCAAACUCAUCGGUUACUUCAAGAAUGAAGACUCGGAACAUUUCAAGGCCUAUGAAGAUGCAGCUGAAGAAUUCCACCCAUACAUCUCGUUCUUUGCGACCUUUGACAGCAAGGUUGCAAAGAAAUUGUCCCUGAAACUGAACGAGAUUGACUAUUAUGAACCCUUCAUGGAGGAGCCGGUCACCAUCCCAGACAAGCCAAACAGCGAGGAAGAAAUCGUCCAGUUCGUGGAAGAGCACAAGAGGCCAACCCUGAGGAAACUGAAGCCAGAAAGCAUGUAUGAAACUUGGGAGGAUGAUAUAGAUGGCAUACACAUUGUUGCUUUCGCAGAGGAAGAUGACCCUGAUGGUUAUGAGUUCCUGGAGAUCCUGAAGACAGUUGCCCAAGAGAACACAGACAACCCAGAUCUCAGUAUCAUCUGGAUCGACCCUGAGGACUUCCCACUGCUGAUCCCAUACUGGGAGAAGACUUUCAGCAUUGACCUCUCUCGGCCUCAGAUUGGCGUCGUCAACGUAACAGAUGCCGACAGUGUGUGGAUGGAGAUGGACGACGAAGAGGACCUUCCGUCUGCGGAAGAGCUGGAAGACUGGAUUGAGGAUGUGCUGGAAGGAGAGAUAAACACAGAAGACGACGACGACGAGGACGACGACUAGAGGGUGCGCCUCCCGUCCUCAACCUGUGUCACUUAGACGACCACGACAGCAGUGCGCUGGGCCUCCACGAAAGCGACGCAUUGCCACCAGACCCUAACGAGAACGUAUUUUUAUAUCGAUCCUGUUUAAGUCAAAGGCCCCCACCUUGUACACACACACACACACACACACACACACGUACACCUCUGGGCACCCCAUUCUGCCCUCUGCCAGUGCAAAGGGAGAAUGGGGUUUCACCAAGGGGCACCCCCUUCCCCAUCCUUCCCCUCUCCUGGGUAGACUUGCCAGAUGUUAUUUGGACUCUGGUUCUGAGAAUGGUGUCCCUGGACCAUAAAUGUUCAUUUUAGGGAAGCCUAACCCAGGUUGUCCACCUAGCAACUGGAAACUUUCCUUUUUUUGAGUCACUGGAGUCUCUUUGCCCAUUCCCAACUUUCAACAUAUUGGGAUACCAGGAACAGGGCACGUGAUGGAUCCCAACUCAGCACAGGCAGAGAUGCAAUUAAACCCUAAGUGAAGGCAGCCCAGUGAAUUUCCCAUCAUGCCUCUCCUUACCCGUGCCUUGCCAUCUAUGUGAAAAGUAUUUUCCAGGUUUCCACACAUUUGGCCUUCUAGCAGCCUUAACCACAUGGGUGCUAUUAUGAACUAAGGCGGGUCUCCCUUGGAGAAGGGGCCUCCCAGCCUCAGUGGCUUGUGAGGGAGGGAGUUCCGGCGGCCUCCUGAUAGCAAGCCACAGCAAACAUGAGAUGGUUAGAAACAUGGGAAACUGCGCUAUGCUGAGUCUGGCCACUGGUCCAUCUAGGUCAGCCCUACCUGGAGAUGCCUGGGGUUGAACUGGGGACCUUCUACAUGCAACAUAGGUGCUUCAUCCCAUUGAGCCAUGGCUCUCCCCCAAAUCCCCUCCAUUCCCCCAAAUGACUUCCUCCUUCCCACCACGACACACACACAAAAAUGGUUGCCGAGUUUGUGCUAACAUCUCUCUUGCACUUAUCACACAUUCAACUUGUCAGUAAAAUGCCUCCCUGAAUCAUUUGUUCAAUAAAACUGAAGGAGUAAAGAGAUCAGCCAAUAAUUUAAAAAAAAUUAGAUGCAAAUUUAACUCCUGAGCUUUGGAGUAAAUAUAUUUGGGCUAAAACUGUCUUUUUACAUUUUCUGGAGUGAGGGGAGAAGGAAAUUUGGGGGAGGGGGGAGAGGCAAGCAGCUCAGCACCCGGUGGGGAGUCAAUGUACAAUUUGUAUAUUUUUCAACAACUUUGUACAGAUCAACCAAAGCGAUUAAAAAGAAAUUUCAAAUAACAAAUAA